AUGCCAGCAACACGCAAAUCCACUCGCUCUCGCGGCGGCGCUGCCGCUGCUGGUGCUGCCCAUGGCAAACAGCAGACCCUCUCCUUCAAUCACCGCGUCACCAAGCCGACCGUCAAAGCAGGCAAGGACCUUCUCGUCAAGGAAGAAACCCCCGAGACUAUCACCACCAAAACCAAGGACGUCAAGCUCCAAGAUGACGAGGUCGUUGAGGUACCCGAGGCCGAGUCGGAGGAGCAGGAGGAGGAGAAGCCACAGCUGGAGGCCAAUGUGAAGAAAGCCGCGAAGAAAGCCGCGACCAAGGAUGUGAAGGAUGAAGUCAAGGAGACAACCAAAGAGGAUAUCAAGGCCAAGGAACCAGAACGGACUGAGAUCGAGAAACGCGCCCUCAAACUCCCUCAAUCCGCCAUCGACGCCUACUGGAACAAGAUCGACUCGGCGCGCAUGGCAAGGGCCGUGCACAAGAAACAUACCGAGGGAUUGACAACGGGAGAGAAAGUGUUGAGGCAUUUUGAUGUUAGCAGUCAUUAUGGUCCAUGCAUUGGAAUCACCCGCCUUAAACGCUGGCAGAGGGCUGAGAGAUUGGGAUUGAACCCGCCCAUCGAGGUGUUGGCCGUCCUGCUUAGGGAGGAGAAGAAUGGGAAUAAGGCUAUUGAGAGGGCGCAUAUGGAUGAGUUGAUGAACUCUGUUAGUACUGGGCCUUGA